AAAAUAGACGAUUUAUUUUUCUUUCUCGCGCACGCCGAUGUUUUCCAAAACAACGAAAAGAAAAAUAAAUCAACGUCUGUGUACCGGCUAGUAUCCAAAGUGUCCGGUUUUGAAUAUGAUCCAAAGAAUCCUCCUUCGUUGUGGAUCAUUUGGGUCAAUAAUCCGUUUUUGGAUUAAAAAACCGGAUUUCGAUUUCAGUAAAGAAACACAACCUUAUUCUAUUUCAGUUUACCUUUUAACUGACGGCAAAACAGCAGAAUACCCGGCCACUAAAAUAUUCCUCAUCAUAUUGUGCUACCGCGGUCCGCAGUGACGAGUUUUCUGAAGUUGCUCCAAACUGACUUCACCUACCUAAAACGACCAGAUGAGCUUUAUCUACUCUUCCUGUUCCAUUCUAACAGCUGAUUCUAAAGAUCCACAGUCAGCUAGUUAACAUCAGCUUUACCUGCAGCUAGAAAAUGGCCGAGAUAUUGCCCGGAUAAUGCUGUAAUAAAUACCUACAGGCCCUUUUCUUUAUGAAGUCAGACCAAAGGAAGAACCAAGGCAUCACUACUGUCAAUUCCGUGUUUUUCUAUGAAUUAUAAUACUACUUAUUGGCGUAAAAUUCGUAACGACACAUGCUAUUCGUAUGUUCUCAUGUACCAUGAGCUUGUUGUUGUUUUGGAGAAUGACGUCAGAUUGACCCAGCAGACCUUUCGCGCGAUGUAAAACUGCUGAUUUUGCAUUUUGGGCAGAACAGAAAGUUCGAGAAACGUCUCGUUUUUUCACGAAAAAACCAAAAGAACUAUAUUUUUGUCCAGUCAGAUUUUGUCAGGAUGAAUCAGCUACCAGUCAUCUGACAAAUUAUUUAAUUUUAGGAACGAUCGAUGGUUCGAGAAGAAAUUGUUUUAUUAUAAAAGGCAUGGAUUUUGGCUCACCAACCAUCAGUUAAAAAAAACCCCAGAAGACUCAAGGUAUCGCUGAAGAUUUUCGAGAAGUAAAAUUACAACUAAAGUUCUCGACAGUAUGGCCCUCUUUUUCAGAUUUCCAACGUAUCAUCCAACUUGGUAAGCUUUUCGAAAUUAUUUUUCUUCUCUACAAAGAGUCAAUUACGACUUUGAAUAAUUAUUUUCUGUAUAAAAUCUCAACUUUUUUUUUUAACAAACUACUCUUUCGCCUGCAUGCUUCGAUUGAUUCGUAUGGUGUGCUACAAGUUUUUUGGUUUUUUAAAAUUCGCUGUCGUCCCCAUGAGCAGGCGGGAAUAUCAUGUUUUGUCAGGAUCUUCUGUUACUUUGUUGUUAUAUUUUUAGGUUCAUUUUCCCUUUUAAGAUACUCAGUCUUAUAUGUGUACAUAAUUGAUCAAUAUAUCAGUUAAGCAAUAGGACAGCCAUAGAGUAUCAAAAGCCUAUUCUGGAGACUUGAUCAGCAACAGUUUCAGGCGGUUCGAAAACAUUUGCAGAUAUACAUAUCAGGCAGACAUUAAAGACUUUUUACUUGUGACUUUUUUUCUGUGUAUUGGAGUUUCAGUAUUCAAAUUAUAUUAUAGAAAUGAAAGGUGAUUUGUUCAUAGCUUGAUUUAACAAAUGUGUAUUUCUAAACGGAACAUUCACUAAAAACAUACACUGCUAGUAUUGAGUACAUCAGCUGCAAAUUUCAAGACAUCGAUGUGUGUAUCAGACAGCUCAGUCUCAGAAAUCACACAAAAUGACAAUUUUUUUGUUUCAUUUUCAGCUACAGCAGUUACUAUAAUUAAGCCGUCCCAGAUUAUGGGCUUUUGCGUGAUUUACGGAGAGAUAUAGCUCUCUCCUUUGAGGAACAAGGGCGAGACAUAUGCUGUCAGCAAAGGAAACACUCCGGCCCAGUCACAAUCGCUUCACUGCCACUGAACCAAUACAAACCAGAAGAAAUUUCACUUGAUGUCGAUGGAGAAAAUAUAACCUUACACGGCCAGCAUCGAUCCGAAGGAGAAGAUGGAUUUGAGAAUAGUGAGUUCAAGAAAAUCAUUAAGCUCCCGGAAGACGUAGAUCCCACAACAGUGACGUCACGUGUAUCUAAAGAUGACAGCUUUCUUGUCGUCGAAGGCAUCAAGCGUGUUCAAGAGAAAACAAAAACAGACGAUGACAAGUUCGUAGUUAGAUUGAAUCUGCGUGGAUUCAAACCAGAAGAAAUCAAGGUUCAUCUUCGUGGACAUGAGCUCACUGUCACAAGAAAACACAGAGCGGAAGAAGAAGGUUCAUAUUUGUCACGUCAUUAUAGCCGUCGCGUUUUGUUGCCUGACGACGCAGAACUCAGUUCAGUGACAUCACGCUUGUCCAAAGAAGGCUUGCUAACAAUAGAAGUGGCACGUGAUCCAGCUCUGUUACCAAGUGAGAGAAACGUGGAACUUUCCAUGGAAGUUGAUCAUAAGCCACAUCCUGAAGAAAAAGAGCAACAACAACAAGGAGCAAGCGGUAACAGAGAAGAUUAG